ACGCUGCGACGUCGGAUCAGCGUCAAUUAGACGUAAACGAACGCAGUGAGGAAACAGUAGCGGCGCGACGCAGACUGUGAAUGGCAGCAUCUUCGUCCUCGUCCUCGGCUGGAGGAGUCAGCGGCAGCUCGGUGAUCGGAUCCGGCUUCAGUGCUUCCGAGCUCAUCCCGCCCAGGAAAGUGCUGUACACGUAUCCCAAAGGAGCCGGAGAGAUGAUGGAGGAUGGAUCUGAUCGAUUUUUAUGCGAGUCUGUCUUCAGCUAUCAAGUUGCAUCCACAUUGAAGCAGGUCAAACAUGAUCAGCAGGUGUCACGGAUGGAGCGUCUGGCCGGACUGGUGGAGCAGCUGGAAGCGGAUGAGUGGAAAUAUAAACCCAUCGAGCAGCUCCUGGGAUUCACGACCUCAUGACUGCAUUCAGCACAGACAGAUCAGAUUCUGUGCCCGUAAACAUAUUCAUAAGCCUGUUUUUGUUACAUGUACUGUAGGUGUAUGAUGUUUUGCACUGAUUUAUAAUUGCCAACAUUAUGUUUUGUGAUCAUGUGUUUAAAUAUGCCUUGUGUUUUUGGAUUAAAGGCUUUAGGAACACUUUAAACCCAUGUUUUCACAGUCUGAUAUUACAUGAACUCUGAAUACAUGUACAAUAAAGCCUUUUUAAGCACAA